AGGUCGACCAAGAAACAUUCGAGAUAAUUUCAUUUUGCAUAACGUUCUGGAACUACCCAAGCAAAAUGCCUUCUCACUUGAACUUCAUCACCGGCAACGCCAACAAGCUCCGCGAGGUGAAGUUUGUCCUCGAUCCAGCGGGCAUCGAAGUCCGCAGCCAGAGCAUUGACAUUGAGGAGGUCCAGGGGACCGUUGAGGAGGUGACAAAGUCCAAGUGCAAGAAAGCCGCUGAGACUGUGAAUGGACCUGUGCUUGUAGAAGACACCGCCCUCUGUUACAAGGCGCUUGGUGACCUUCCCGGCCCCUACAUAAAAUGGUUCAUGACGGCUGUUGGCCACGACGGAUUGAACAAUCUGCUUGCUGCAUAUGAAGACAAGUCUGCCGAGGCCGUAUGCACUUUCGGCUACUGUGAAGGUCCGGGACAGGAGCCCAUCCUCUUCCAAGGGCGCUGCCAGGGCAAGAUUGUGCCAGCUCGAGGCCCUGCCGAUUUUGGCUGGGAUGCAGUGUUCGAACACAAUGGAAAAACCUUCGCUGAGAUGGAAAAGGCCGAGAAGAGCGCCAUCUCCCACCGUGGCAUGGCCCUGAAGAAGUUGCAGGAAUGGUUCAACGAGGAGAACGCAACACUGAACUGAUCAAGCUCCGGGUGUUUCCUUCGUCGUACUUACACAGCGUCAGCACACCUGUGUGGCAGAUACGUGCAAUGAUAUAGACUCACACUAGGAUUUCGAACUCGUUGUGCCGUCGCAAGUAGCUGGUACCCUUUCGAUACGAAUCCAAAUGGAAAUCUGCCCUCCUUCCACCGCUAGUGUACGUUUUGCCACGUAAGCCAGCCACGACUGUCGAGUCCUUGUACGAAGGAUCAAAGACAAUGAGGUUGCGUGACCCAUUCUUCAGUCUUUCGAGACCAACAAUGGUCAUAGAAUGGCCUCUGUGCUGGAAAUAGAUCGGAGGUAAGGCUGUCGCUCGCACUUUUGAUGUAUCCUCACCGGCACCCUGUACGAAGUACUGUUGGAUAUAAUCGAGGAGCAAUGCCCUUGCUUCAGCGCAAUCCUUUGUCCUAAAAGCAUUGACGGAACAG